AUCACGUGGUCGCGUCAUUUUUUGGUGAAUAAUCCUUGUUUCUCGUCAGCCUACCCGAUACACACUAGACUAAGCUGUCACUGCUGGUUGCAACAAUAGCCGAGAUCAACUGCAAGGCAUAUUAAAUCACAAACUCUACUGCAUUCGCUGCGUAAUAAUACCUACCAUUCUUCACUACGAAGGGUCUGUCUUUCAAGCAUUCGGUCUUGUUUGAAUUACCGGUUUACAGCUUGCAUUAUCCAGCAUUUGUCGCAACGCCAACUUUACAAGUUCACACACCAGCCACAGUCUUGCCAAUACCCAAAUAGACAUAUAUUUGCCAUCCCGUUACUCUUAUCAAUCCACACAAUGCGACAAUGACAUCUCCGUCACUCUCUGCUGCGCUUUGGCGGUCGACGGUCCCCGUCCACAUCACCCACCCCAACCACCCCAACACGCCAUUCAUCACCUCCCUCCCACGCUUCUCCUACCUCGCACUCCUCCUGCCGCGCCUGUCGACCUUUUUCGGCGUGUCCAUCUCCAGCUUCCACUAUGAGGACGUGCAGCUGCGCAACCUGGCCGUCGGCGUGCUCGUCGACCUCUAUGACCCCGUGUUGCCGUGGCGCGUGACGGUCGGCGAGGGCGGGGGCUGGGACAUUGGCGACACGUUCCUCAACAGCGCCAAGGAGGCCGACUUUGUGCGCAACGGCAACGCGAACCAGAUUAUGAAAAUGUCAAAGGACGACACCACGGCCCUCUGGAACGCCGUCGUCGACAAUGACCACGCCACCUUUCACAGGAUCAACGCGCGGCUGCUGAACACGCCCAGUCCGCUCAAGCACGUCCCGCUCCGCGUGUACAUCCCCGAGUCGGAUCCGCAGGUCAGGGAGGGCGCUGGGUCGUUCCGGAUCGUGCAGAGACUGGUGCCGGCUGUCGGUCAGGACCGUAGACCGCAGACGCUGGGGGUGGUGCUGCGGAACAUGAUGCCAGAGCUGUUCCCGAGCGUGAGGGACCCGGUACGGGUGGGCGCGGUCAUGCACGGGGCCAGUGUACCCUUUUCAGCGCCGGUGGGAGAGCUCAUGCGUGAGGCAGCGUAUCCCGAUGGAUGGCUGUGUCUAGUCAUUAGGGUAUAGACGGUUGGCAUUUAGAUGUUUUCUACGUGAAGCGGAUAUUCUUGCCCAUGAGGGUCUUGUACGCAUC